AGACAUUUUUGAGCAUUUUUAGAGAAAUGUUAUUUACAUUAACGACGAAUUCAGAUUUUUUGUGGUAAUCAUCGAAAGGUCGACAGAAAGAUCAAUCCAUUAAUGUAGUAUAUAUGUCCAUGCAUUAUUUACAAACGUUGACCAGUUGAAGUUGUUUGAGAAUGUUCAGCGUUCAAAGAAAAAAUAAUGGAUAUGUUCAUGCCACAGACAUCAUCAUGAUCAUGAACAUAAAAAUAUAUUCAUUAUGAAUCAUGUUUAAAUGUCCUACAAAGAUGGAGAUGAAAUUAAACAUGUGACAGAAUUUUAGCUUGGGAGUAUAACAUUUAAGUGCAUACAGAACAAUUGUUUUCUUACAACACUGAUUUCUAUGAAUACAAAAAUAGGUCGUAGAAUGUUUAUGGUAAAGAGGAACAACCAUGAAUGUCUGCGCUUAAAUCACAAUUCACAUUGGUUUAAAACAUGCUAUUGAAAUAAAAACAAAAAUGUAGGAGAAUCAUCAUUCGAGCUGGACUGUUUUAAUUCAAAUGAAAUAAAAAUGACGUCAUAAUGUAUGGAACCUUGCAUAGCCAUUCUCAGCAAAUUAUUGUACCAUCUAGAGACUCCAGCGGCUUUACAUCAGCACGUGAUGAAGGCAGUAAAAGAUACGGAAAAAUUCAAGAUGGGUUAGAGUCGUCUAUUAGUGUUGAGGGCAGAGCUAGGAUAACAAGGGUAUUGGGUGAGAUUCACAGUUUGACAGAUGUGGAGAAGUUGUUGCUAUACCUUAAGUUACCAACAGGGGUUGUCCAGGAAGACCAAAGUAGACUAACACCACCAUCAUGCCUGCCAACGUCAAACAGGAAAGAGCAGGGAGAGGCUUUCACUUGGAUAAAGAGCCACCUUGAAGAACAUGGAGAUGUUUGUAUGCCUAAAGCAGAGGUGUAUGAUGAAUACAGGCAAUAUUGUGAACAUCAUGACUUACGUCCAUUAUGUAAUGCAGACUUUGGAAAGAUGAUGAAACAAGUGUUCCCAGACAUUAACACCAGGAGACUUGGACAAAGGGGGCAAUCCAAGUAUUUCUAUGGAGGAUUGAGAAAGAAGAUAGAGCAUGCUCCACCCACCUUGCCAGAGUUAGAGAUUACUACAAAAACUAUUGAGAUUGAUUCUAACACCAUUGACAGUGAGAUGUUUAAGUCAUCUUGUCAGCUUGUUUGUGAAUGGGCGGACAAACUUCUUGAUAUGAAAUUCUCGGGUAUCCAGGAAAUUGCUGAACAUCUGAUUGUGAAAGCAUUUGUCAAUACCAAGUCUGUGGCAGCAUUUACUCUGAUAGCAGCAAUGCAAGAGAGUGGAAAAUAUAACCUUAAAGAUUCAGCAUUAUUCAGCAGUCAGCCAAACUCUGGUGGAGACAAACACAAGGAAACGAAUAUACUGUUACAGAGAAAGUUACAACAAAACAAGGAAAUACAAAAGCAGAAAGUAAAGGCUCAGGCAUUAAGAGAAGAGAUUCAGCAACAGAUAGUUAGUCAUGGUAACAACAGCAGUAACAUGCCUGGAUCUAAAACUCCAGUAUCCAGUCAGAGAAAAUCUGCUACUCCAUUGUCUACAUCAGGAUCUGCAGUACAACUCAAGUCUCCCAGAAAUCCAGGCCCACUCUCUAGUCCUGCACCAUCUCCACAGAAAUUUCAGUCACCAAGAAAAUCUGUGUCACCAUGGCAACAACAAAAGACAAUUGAAAGUCAUGGCAAGGGUUCUGUUACUGUUUCUCAGUCAAAUGUAGAAAAUGAAGUUAGUGUGUGUGUAACAGUGCAUGAUGUUGCUAAUGUAAGAAAUGCCAAGAGUGCUUAUACGAUGAAAUCCCAUGAUGGUUGGAAAAACGAUCAACAGCAAAAUGUAGAGAAGCCUUUGGCAAGAAGUCAGUUAUCAAAGGAAAGAGAGAGUGUGAGUUUAGUAAAUGAAAAGGAAGAAGAAUGUGAUGAGGACUUUGAUGGAUAUAAACCAAUGAGCACAGAGAGUAUUUGUGAAGCUAAGACACCGGAGAAUUGCAUGGAAACAGAUCAGUCUGAAUUGACUCAUGUACGAAAAAUUGACUUUGAUGAUUUAGUUGCACAACAUAGUGGUGACAACAAGUCCCAGUAUAACAUAAACACAGUGUCAGAAAAAGUGAACAAUGACAAUACAAAAAGCAGUGUUUCAACAGAUGUGACUGAAUCUUCUGCUGAUAAACUGUCAAAAUCAACUGGAUAUCUCAGUCUAAAGAAAAUGUUAGAGAAUAAAUCAGAAGAUCCGUCUGGUUUGAACAAGUCCUUGGGACAUUUAGGAAAAUCCAAAACUGCUUUGUUUGUAAACCAGUCAACCGUCCCUGGGAGAAGUGCUUUUGUUCCCUUUUCACAGGUUCAGUCCUUGUGCAGGAAAGAAGGUUCCGGCAUUAAUCAGUCAGUUGCUAUGGCAAUACCUAUAAUAAUUCCUUCUGCAGCACAGACUCAGACAAGUCAGACUGUGUCACAGUCUGCAAGCAUUACAAUGAUUGCAUUGCCAACAGAUAUGCAAACCAGUCCAACAAAGAAUCCAUCAGAAAUGAUAAACAAUGAGUCAUUGUUUAAUAUCGUACCUGCAUCUGCCAUAUUUAAGCAAGCGAGUAGUACAGGAAGUACAGAGUUAACAUUUAAAACAUCGACCAUUGAUUCCUCUAGGUCUACUAUAAACAUUCUAAAUCAGGCAAGAGAUGGUACAAAUGUGACUGUAUCAUCUGUAAUGUCCAAAACAACAGGAAGUGAAUGUAUCGUAUCUGUUGCCCAAGGUAUGCAGAAUCUUCCUAAACAGUUGCGCACAAAGUUUACCCCAAUUCGCCCAAAAGCAUCUCCAAAUAAAGCACAACCACAGAAAGAAACAAAAGCAGACAUUCCUACCUAUGAUAAAGAUAAGCGACCAGUUUCUGCAAUUUUAAAAGAAAAGCGAGCAAAAGAGCAAGCAGAAGCUAUAGCGAAAUUUCAAUCCAGCAUACGAUUACCAUAUCAACAAAACAUAUCACUAAGUGGACAGACGUUGAGCACUCUCCAAGGAAUAAAGGCAGGGUCAAGUAACAUACCAGCUAGUGAAGUUGUGAUCAUUGUGAAUAAUCAGCAAGUUAAGCUCCAGCAAGUUGUUGGUCAACAAUGUGUAGCUGAUAAUCCGUCUCUUACAAGUAAAAUGAGUAUAUCUGAUAAGGAUCAUAGAAAUUCAACAGCUGACAGUAUGGGAAUGAAUCAAAUUGAUAAAGCUAAAACUUCCUCAGGAAUGAACACUGCUCCUUCUGAAAACUUAAUGAAUCAGUCUCAGAAUUCUAAUAUGACUUACAUAUCAUUUAGUGACUCAAAAAAUGGUAAAGAAGAUAAUGAAUUUGGACUUGCAGAUAAAGGUUCUACUGAAGUUAAAGAAUUCUCUCCAAUGAGUGAAGACAGGGACAUAACUCCUAUUCUUUGUGAGGAAGAUGAUAGUAAUGAUUUGAGUGAAAAUUUGACCAGAUCUGCAGCAGACUUAAAUAAGACUGAUAGAAAUAAUCAAAGUAAGGUUAGUGAAAUGGAUGCAAAUAAGAAUGUGAAUAUUACAACUGAUAUAGUUGAUCAAAUGUGGCUUGAAACACCAAGAAAAAUACAAAAAUUGAACAUAACGUCACCUUUUCAAGAGGACAGUAUGGUGUUAUUAGGUCGAGAAACACCUGUUAGAAUUUCACAACCACCAGAUCUCAGUCUAAACAGACCAGAAAGUGCUGGUUCUUAUGGAAGGGAAACUCCAUCAGGAGCAAGGAAAAGGAAGUCAUCUGAUUUUCAUGCAAGACAGAAUUUCAAGCGUUUGAAUUCGACUGGAGAGGAGAAUGAAGACUCUCAUAAUGUAUCAUUUGUCCUUAGUCCAGACAGUGAGCCAUCUGUCAGUAUGAAUCCUAGAAGAACACAGUCUUGUACUGUUGAACUUGACUCCGAGACUAAGGUCAAGUAUCAUCCUCAACAGAUCCAUCAACAACAGGUUCAGCAACAGCAGCAGCCAUUGAAGGCAGGAGGCGGAUCUCUUUUACCAGGGUUACAGAGUCCAGAUAUACACAGUCUAGAGCGAGAAGCUUUGAUUGAAUCAUUCCCUAACAGUUUGUAUGCCAUGAAACCACAACACAAGUCGCACAAGAACCAGUCCAGUUCUGUUGGGGUAAGUGCAAAGACACUGAGACAGUCCCAGCAAAAGUUGAUUAAGCAACAGCAGUAUCUUGAUGAAAGAGUGAAAAACUUUCUCCUGACACAAGCAGAGCCAAGCUUUGCAGUUGAAAUUGAAAGUAAUGAAUCAGUCACAAAAACUACAGAUGAGCAAAAGACUGGUCAGAUUUCACCAGGAAGCAAAGCCAGUCUGAAAGCAGAAUCAUUUGUAGUAACAGACAGAGGAAAACCCUACCAGAGGCCAUCCAGUGUAGCUACAGUUAGCAGCAGAAGUUCAAACCAGGAGAUUGAGCCGUCAGGUUUGCCUAGUGAAGUUGCAGACUGGAUCAAUGAAACUAUAGAAAAGAGACAGAAAGAAAACCAGUCUGUAAUGUCUGAACCAGAAUUUAGAAAUUACCAGUCAAUGAAAGCAGAUAGAAAUCCAAAAUUGCUGAACUUUAAAUUUGAAGUUGACAAUUCCAUUCAAAGCGGAAAUAAAACCAGUGUUACUUCUCGAAGUCAAAGUAAAAAUGCAAAAGAAAUUUCAAAUUCUAAGACUUUACGUGAUCUUUCAAAUGACGACAGUAACUUCACUGUCCCUAAGGCACCUCCUGUCUCAAACACUCGCUUAAAAGAUACCUUGCGACUUAACACAGAGAUAUCAUCUGUUAGUCAGAGAUGUCAGUCUUUGCCAAUUUUUGCCUCACCAGUGCAGAGCCCCGUAUCACCAAUGGCACCACCAGUAGGUCAUAUCCAUAGCAACCAAAGAGCUUCAUCUAUGUCACCAAGAGCGCAGGUUACAGAUCAGAGUGCAGAGAUGCUCUCACCAACUUCAUUUGGAAUACUCUCCCCUGUAAGAAGAAGGGAAAUGCGAGAUGCAGGUCACAGAGAGUCUAAACAAGGUACAUAUCUUGCUAGUAUCCAGCAUUCACUGCAGAAGCCUGUUGAUACACCACAUGAUGUUAUCAGUCCACAAGAUACUUCCUUCGGUAAACAUCCACUUGCUGGAGGCAAAAGUAUUCUGCAGAAUAGGAGCAGGGAAUCAUCCAUCGAUGCAGAUGACCGUUUUGUCUCAAAAACACCAUUUUCCGACUCUGGUUAUCAUAGCAGUGGUCCUAGUCCUAUAUUGAAUUCAACACCAGUGUCAGUUGCAGAUCACUCUGACCUUGUGUAUGGUCAAGGAAGAGGUCAUAUGACAUAUAAGCCAUCUAUUGCUGAGUCACCAAUCACUAUGGUUACAGACUAUACUAGUCCAGUUCAACAGCUGUCUCCUCAACAGUCUCCAAACAGGCCACAAUUGACUGUACAUCAACAGAAUGUUUCCAUAGCAACAAGUCAGAUGAAUAACCUUGGCAUGAAUCCAAAUCAGCUUAGGUCUUCAAUUCAUAGUGCAUUUAUUCCAAUUCAAGGAUCUCAUCAUGAUGUUCGAUAUGUUACCCCAAUAAAACCAGUGGUAACUCUACCAAAUAAUAGUGUGGAACAGAGUCCAGGAAGUAAAGACAGUACUGGUGCUCUGUUUGUAGAUGCUAAUCAACCAAUUGCUGGUGCAGAUAUCACUAUGAUCUCUCCAAGAUCAGCUGAUCCACCAUCUUAUGAAGUAGCUAUUAAACACUUGAAGAAAUCCUCUCCUCCAAAGGAUGGAACAAUAAACCAAAGUCAUUCGUCCGAAAUGUUGAACAAAAUUGAUCCAAUUCAAGAACAAAUUCCUCAACUUGACCAGCAGCAGUCGUUGUUGGCAAACAUGGGAAAUGAACAAACAUCCGACAGUUUGGGACCUUUUGCACAAAAACUUAUGAAACUGUCUCAGCAGACACAGGGUGGUGGUAAAGGUUUAAGAACAUUGUUCAGAAGUGAAAUUUUAAGUUCAGCUAAUCAAGUUUCCCUGGUAACAAAUGCAGGAAGUGAGAUGAUUCCUGUUGAAACUGAUCUCAGUAAUGUGUCCGCUACUGUUAAUAAUUGCCAGUCAAAUAUCUCCACUUCAGACAUUGAUCACAAUGGUGCUACAGUAGAUUUUAAUUUCAGCGGAGAUGUGAACAUGUAUGCAAAUAAUCAGUUAAUGAAAAAGAACUUGUUUGAUCAGAGACAAACAAACUGUGUGCUGAAACAAAAUCGUGUUCAUAAAAGUGUGCUUUCAAACACCUAUCCUGAACAUUCCAUGCUCAUUUCAAAUCCUGUAUCAGACACUGUGCUAAAUAUAGAUCCGUCCUUUCAUGCAUCAUCCCAUUUUGGAACAGCCAAUCAGGAAAAGGCUUUGUCAUCUUUACAUAAUCAUCAGUCAGCAAAUUUAAAUUUAAAUGAAAGCAGCCAGCUUUUGAACAAACCAGACUUUUCCCUCCCCACAAGUGAUUUUAAUGAAACUCAAAGAUUUCAAGUGACUAGUACAGAAAUGGGGCUGUUUAAUAACAAUGGUGCUUUUAACAGAGGUGAAAAUACAAGUACUUUAAAAAACCUGUUAAUUGAAGGGAAAUUAGCGAAUGAAGAACUUGAAAUGGUUGUUGAAAAUGGACAAAACAAAUCAGAGGAAAUUUCACAGCAAGAACUGAUAGAUGACAUAGGGUUACCUUGGGAAUCGUUAAGGGAGAUUGAGGGAGACUUCGGAGAUUUUAACAUGUUUUAACUGGUAGAUGAUAAUUACAGUGUCACCAUUAGAAUUCUAUGGGAGAUUAGGGGAGAUCUGAAAGAUUUUUACAUGUUUAACUGAAAUGUUAGAUGAUGUAGUGUCACUAUUAGAAUUAUUACUGGAGACCUUAACUGAAUUGUUAGAUGACGUAGGGAAACUCAGAGAAUCAUUACUGUAGAUUCAGAUUAAUUUGGGAGAUUUUAACAUGGUGCCCAGUUACUGUUUGAUCCUCCUUUACUGUAACAAAGUGUUGUCUUGAUUUCUGUUUAUGUGUAAGAAAAAUCUAUUAAUAUUAUACGUAAGUAAAACUAGAGCUAUCAGGCUGGUAGUAUGAACUGUUUAAAUUUUCAAACUGACUUGAUCAAAUUUCCAUUUAUCUUAAAAAAAAAAAAAAAAUCAGCUUUUUUAAUCCCCCGCCACAAGUGAUGGGGGGGGGGUUAUAGGAAUGGUCUCCGUCCUUCCGUCUGUAACACUUUGUGUCCGCUCUGUAUCUCCUAAACCCCUUGAAGGAUUUUCAUGAAACUUAGGUCAAAUGAUCAUCCCAUCAAGACGAUGUGCAGAACUCAUGUGUCAGCCAUGUCGGCUAAAGGUCAAGGUCACAACUCGAGGUCAAAGGUUUUAGCCUUCUAUUUUAUGUCCACUCUGUUUCUUCUAAACCCCUUGAAGGAUUUUCAUGAAACUUGGGUCAAAUGAUCACCUCAUCAAGACGAUGUGCAGAACUCAUGAGUCAGCCAUGUCCGCUCAAUGGCCAAGGUUUGAGCUCAGUAUCUCCUAAACUCCUUGAAGGAUUUUCAUGAAACUUGGGUCAAAUGAUCACCUCAUCAAGACGAUGUGCAGAACUCAUGAGUCAGCCAUGUCCGCUCAAGGGCCAAGAUUUGAGCUCAGUAUCUCCUAAACUCCUUGAAGGAUUUUCAUGAAACUUGGGUCAAAUGAUCACCUCAUCAAGACGAUUUGCAGAACUCAUGAAUUAGCCAUGUUGGCUCAAGGUCAAGGUCACAGUGCAAGGUCAAAGGUUUGAGCCUUCCAUUUUGUGUCCGCUCUGUAUCUCCUAAACCCCAUGAAGGAUUUUCAAAUUCAUUGAUGUCGUCAUACAUGGACUAUAAAAUAUACUUAACAACAUUGAUGCUUUCGCCCAAUGCCAUCAACUCUUUCACCAUCCAUAACAGCGGCGGGGGAUAUAGCUGUCCUUCAGACUGCCUUGUUUAAACUUAAAUUUUGGCUUUAUUCUUUGAUUGAUUGUUAUGAAACUAGCAUAAGAGUAACAUCUCCAUGCCAAAAAAUGUAAAAUUAAAAAAAAAUUCAAGAAGAUUUUACUACCACCCUUUGAAACAUUUAGAAUGGUAUGUAGUUAAUAUCUUGAUCUUGGAAAAUAAAGCUACAAUUUGUGAAAAACUGUCACACAUUAGGUGAAUCAAACAGUAGACGAUAUAGUGUCACCAUUAGAAUUGUGGAGAUACAUCAUACAGGGAGAUUUUAACUGAAUUGCUAAAUGACAUCAGGUUUCCAUGGGAAUCAUUACUUGAAAACUGGAAGUUUUUAAUGUUUUACUGAUAAGAUGGAUGAUAAGGGUUACCAUGAGAAUCUACUGGAGAUCUUGUGGAUUUUGAUUGACAAGAGGGAUGGGGAAACAAUUUAGAAAGUUAAGAAGGUCUUUUUUGAUAUGUUAAACAGGCUAGAUGGGAUGUGGUUGCCAUAGGAAACAGUGAGGGGGAUGUUAGGAACAGUAACUUAAUCUAUAUAUUAUAAUGUAUUUUUAGUAGAGAAGUUACUUUGAAUGUAUGUGUUAAGUGUUAAGCUUGAUUUGUUGUGAACAGAUUUGAUGUUAUAUGUAAGAACAUUAUAAAGUGGUGGAAUAAGGGAGAACCUUUAUGAGAGCUUAUUGUUCAGACACAACUAAUGUCUGAUAAGGUAUAAUGAAUAAAGUCAGAAUAAUGCAUCCCUUGAUAAAUUGUUAAUUGUUUUAUUUUCUCGGUAUUUGGAGAGGUCAGUGUUACACUUUUAUGAUGUUUUUCCUUUUAGAUUUAUAAGUUUUUUGUUUGGAUUGCUGUGCAGUUCAGAAGUUUAGAGAAUUUUUAAGGAUAAGUUUCUGUAAAUUUCUCUUACGUGUAAAUUUUUGUUGUUAUUUAUUGAUUCAGAUUUAGUCACAGAAAUGUCUUUUAAGUUGCGUUUAUAUACAAAUUGAACAUCAGUUAAUGUUUCUAUGACUACACUGUACAUGUACAUUUUGAUACAACAAUUUAUAUUUUUGUGUACUAACAUUAUUUUGAAAGACAAAAGGUGUGGCUCAAAAAUGGUUAAUUAUAUAACUAGCACCUGUGUUUUCAAUGCAGAUCUGGUUAUGUUGGUGUAGAGAUUACUGGAAUAGAUAAGGUGUAGGGUGAUAUCAACUCUGAAAUCAAGUUAGUUCUGCAUGUUUUGAUCAAAUAUAAUUCUACAGGGCAAGUUUCCAUACGCUUGUGCGAUAUUCACAGUUUUGAUGACAUUAUAGCAAAAUGAAAAAUUGUCUAUUAUAUCAUCAAAUAUAAUAUAGUGUGUGAAUUAUUUUUGAGGUAUUUGCUUAGUAAUAAUAUAAAUAAUCCACAAAUCAAGUUGAUUUUUAGACAUGAUUUAGAAUUUGAUUGCAUCAACAUUUUUAAGCACCCCUUUAAAAAAGAUUGGAUAUGUUGUUUUGAUAAUUUUUGGUCGGUCCUUAGACCAUUUGGUUUUCGAUAACAACUAGAAAAUGCUUGGUCUCACAGUUGUCAAUUCAAAGGGUGAUUGCCUGUGUUCAGUAGUUGGCCGUAUAGUUUUCCAGAUCGGUAUGUCAAAGGUUAAGGUCACAGUGACCUUGAGACUGAAAACAGUUCCCAUUCAAUAAGAAUACCUUGGCCUGCAGUAGACAAACUUCAUAAAUUAAUUGUUAUCAGUAUCUGGAGAAUGCCUGGGUCUUUGACUGUGAAACUUGAUUGCACGUCUUUGUGUCAUACCAAACUGACUGAGAAUUACUCAUCCAUCUACCUUGGACAGGCCAACUUGAGGACAUUUACAAAGAACUUGUGUUUAAUGUGUGAUGACUUGUAGUCCGUUGUAAAAUUUAAUUUGCUUAAAUCUUAAAAGGUUUGUAUCUUUUUUAUUAUGCAACUGUAUUUAAAGAGAAUAUAAACAUUCAGUGUUUUGGAACGGUAUUUUAAAUAUCUAGACAGAUAAAACAAAAUUGAUCAUAUAAACUUUUGUCAGGCAUAAUCUUAAGUUGAGAAUGGGUAUGAAAGAUCUGUGACAUGGUUCCAACAAGCAGGGAAAACUGUACAACAAUAAAGCUUCUGUGUACUGUCAGGGUUGUCAGCCUUGUUCAAAACUUGAUGCUGGGUAAGAGAUUUAAGCCCACCCAUUUAGCUCAAUAGGCGGUCUAGAAUUUGAUCCCAAAGUGAGGUGUAUGUUCUCCCAUUAUAAUAAGAAAGAAGACAGUGUAUCAGAAGUCAUUUCGUCUUCCACCUCUGAUUCAUGUGAAGAAGUUGGAAUUUAAUUGCAGAGAACAUGUGAAUACUGGGUUAGAAUCCAGGAACACUGGUUAUGUUAACUGUCAGCUGUUACAUGACUGAAAAUUUGUUGAAAAACAGCAAAACACAAAAUAAGCAAACAAAAGGCAAGAUAUUUAUUCGGUGUCCUCAGUCUUCUAUAGUCAACACUGUGAUCAGUUCUGUUUUAUCUGUUUAGAGAUUAAAAGACCUUUCCAGGAAUAUAUAAGUUUAUAGACUUUCUAAGUGUAAAAAAAUGAAAUGAACCUUUGCAGACUUUACAGAUUUAAAUUUCAGGAAAUGUUAUAUGCCACUUAAGGUACACAGUUGUUGUGUAUAUUAUAUAUAUGUGUGUGUAUAAUUGCAGAGCAAUACACACUGGUUUAACAAAUUGAACAGUGAUUUUCAUUGUGUAUAUGAUGAUUUUUGAUAGUUGAUGAACUAAGGUGUAUAACCAGUGUAUACCUACAUUCAGAGCAAGUAUUUAAAAAGAUGUGACUGCACCACAGAUGCAUAUUGUAUUUUAUUGUUGUGUUCACAAUGUUGUAAACUGCCGUUAUGAACAAAUUCUGAUUUUUGUAAACUUGUUCAGUGUCGUGUUUGUGUUUUAUAUACCAUAAAAUGGUGUUUAGUAUAUGUCUAAAGCUGUCAUAGUAUUAGCUAAACUCUUAGAUCAAUGAUUUUAUCCAGAUUUGUUUACAUAGAGGCAUAUUUUAAGUUCCAGGGAAAAUAUGUUGGAUAUUUGUUAUCAAAGAAUUGUAAAUAUUACUCAAAAUAAUUGUUUAUUAUUGAGACUAUUACUUUUGCUGCAAAACACCUUUUGAAUAUUUCAUGUAAACAUACAGAUAGGUCAAUUGUUAAAAUGAUGUUAACAUACAGAUAGGUCAAGUUUUAAAAUGAUGUUAACAUACAGAUAGGUUAAGUUUUAAAAUGUUAACAUACAGUUAGGUCAAGUUUUAAAAUGAUGUUAACACACAGAUAGGUUAAGUUUUAAAAUGUUAACAUACAGAUAGGUCAAGUUUUAAAAUGAUGUUAACACACAGAUAGGUCAAGUUUUAAAAUGAUGUUAACAUACAGAUAGGUCAAGUUUUAAAAUGAUGUUAGCAUACAGAUGGGUCAAGUUUUAAAAUGAUGUUAACAUACAGAUAGGUCAAGUUUAAAAUGAUAACAUAUAACAUUUUUCCUGAGAUCAUCAUUCAUGUUUUCAACACACUUCAAGUUAGAGAAUGCCCCUGUACAGUAUUUGUUAUAACUUUUUAUGACCCCCGGCAUCUACUGAUGCGGGAGGCAUAUAGUGAUUGUCCUGUCCGUCUGUUCAUUCGUUCGUCCAUCUGUACGAAUGUUUUAAUGUUCACAUCUUCUUAACAUCUACAUAAUACAGUUGAUUGUUUCCAGGAAGUAAAUACAAGGAAACACAAGAAAGUUUUAACAUUAUUUUUAUAUAGGAAUAUUUCCCAUCACUGUAGACUAAACUAAGUUUGACCGAUGGUUUCCUCAAAUAAACUGCUUGCUUAACACUUUAUAACUUGAAAGAAUUCAGAAAUGAUUCCUGCAAUCUAGCAAUAUGUAUUCAUUUAGAGUGAGCUUGUUUUGGGUUUCAGAAAUAUACAUAAAGUUGUUUUUAUGUUGAGAAUUAAAAGUCUGGUUCUGUUUUUAUGUGUUCAUGUUGUUGUGAAUUUUACUACUAUUUAUUCUAUUUAUUAACUUCCUAUUUAUUGGUGUAGAUUUUAACAGUAUGUGUAGAAAUGUUUAAGUCAACUCUUACAUGUUAAGACUAUUUAUUAUUGUUAUCAAUGUUAAUGGUAUGAUCAGAUUUUAUUUCAGACUUGUGUAGAAUUAGCUGUCAGCUUAAAUCAUUGCUGUAACUAUAGAGUACUGCAUGUAUAUAUAUUCACUAAAACCUGUUUAUAGGGACAACCUUUAGAAGAGACAAAAACAUAAUCUUUAUAUGCCUUGUUUCAACAUAAUGGGUCUGGUAACUGGUAACUAAACAGAGUGGACAUGUUUUUUGAAGGGAAACGCUGAAAAUUAAGGUUCUAUAACUGGUAACAAAUUGAUUUCCCCAGAGUAAUACAGACACCUUGACUCAGCUGAAUCUUUCCUUUUUCGAUUGAGAUAAAUUAAUUUGUUUUAGUUUAAAUGUUGGUAGCUGCAGGUGUUGUAGAAAUACAUUGUAUUUUAACUGAGGCAGCUUUAUUCUGCAGACCAACAGCCUGAUGCAGCCCUGUUAUCUCUUUACACACAGUUAAACCCCACUGUAAAUGUUUACAUCUGAAUAAAGAUAAUAGUCUGUAAUAUCAGGUGGUCUCAAAGAAUUGAGCUGUAGCACAGUUUGACUGUGUCCUAUCAAAGUGAUUUAUGAAAUACCUGAUUCAGUUGAUAAUGAUACAUGAAUUUAUCUGUACAUGAUUACAUAAAUUGUUAUAAGUUCAACAAUAUGUCUCUUUUUCCUCCUGGAUUAACCCAUAAAAGGCUAAGAAAUGUUACAUAAGUAUCAUUUAGUUGCCUAAUACAAUGUCUGUAAGUUGCUCCAUUUAAACUAUGUUUGAAGCUGUAGUCGAAUUGGGGUGUGCAACUGCUAAAGGCAUUAGCUUUGAUAUUGCUUCAUGUAACAGUUCAACUUACCUGAUCAUUGUGACUGUCUAUGUAAGCCCUGCUUUGCUGUCGGAACUUUAAUUCAAUGAAUUACGUUUUUAAGACAUCAGUCCAAACGACUGUACAUGGGUUAAUAAAAAAUUUACAUGCUCUGAUCAUAUUUUUAUGCCUGCUUCAGGGAACAGGGAAUAUCUUGUUUUGCUCAUUGUCAUUUCGACGAUUGAUAGACCAUUUGGUUUUAUUAAGGAGAGAGAACACUUUGUCUCACGAUAAUUAAACUUUGUAGGAUGAUGGCCUGUAGUCAAUAGAUGGGUUCUGUUGUUUUGUGAGUCAGUAGAUCAAAGGUCGGGGUAACAGUGACGUUGGGAUGAAAACGGUUUCCUCUCUGUAAGCAAAAUGCAACUUUAGACUACAGUCUUCAGACUUAACGUGAUGACUGUGUUCAGUAAAUGACCCCUAUUGUUUCUGGAAUAAACAGGUCAAGGUUAUGAUCACAGCCGCCUCGUCACUGGAAAUGGUUUCCAUUCAGUGAGUCAAAAAUGCUUUUACCUAGAUGUCAAACUUCAUAGGGUGAUUUGUGGUCAGUAAAUGCUCCCUACUGUUCCAGGAGUCAGUACGUCAAAGGUCAAAAUCACGAUAUCAAGACUGAAAAUGGUUAUCGCUCAGUAACUUAAGAACCUAUUGGCCAAUUUUCUUCAAACUACAUAGUAUUAUUGUCUGUCUCUAUUGUUUUUUUUGGGGACAGUUGGUCAAAUAUUGAAGUCACAGUGACUCUGAGACUAAAAACGGUUUCAGCUCAGUAACUACAGAAUGCUUUGGCCAGCAGUCCACAAACUUCAUAGGGUGAUUGAUUGUACAGUCACUAGGCAGUCCAUAUUGAUUUAGGGGUCAGUAAGCCAAUGGUCAAAGUGAUCUUGGGACUAUAACUAGGACAGGCCAUCAUGGGGUUUACAGUAUAUUUACAAACAGUUCUUGACCAUAAUUUCUCUCUGAUGUGAUAAUGGCAUUCUUGAGAUAAUAGAAAAUUGGAAGACAAAUUUUUGCUUCACUUCUUUUUCAUGUCUAAAAAAUCUCCACCUGGACAGUAUCCCCCCCCCCCCCCCACCCCUACAACGUCCCAAUAAAAAAAACUCCCGAUGAUGUUUUCAGUAGAAAAUUCAGGUAAUAGAAUAUUUGAUUAUAAGUUAAUACCAAAUUUUUAUUUCACUUUAAGUGAAUUUAAUUCAUGAUUUGAAAUUAAGUAUAAUUUGUGGGGGGAAAUGAAAUAUGGAUUAUGUUUGGCUAUGUUAGAAUCUGAAAUGGGAGGUAAUCUAUCUAUGUUGGUUGGUUGUUUUACAUUCAGUAUCUAUGAGUUGAUGUGUUGUUUCAGUAGCUUGGCUUAAUGUGAAAUGUAAUUGAUAAGCAGUGCUAGAUUUUGGACUUUUGAUAAUAAAAUGACUGAUGAAACUUA